UCAAUUUAGUCACUAAACACCUUAAAAAAAAUAAAAUUGGGAUUUAGGGUUUAUGGGAAAAAUGCAAUAAUGAGUGAAUUGAGUUGAGUUAGUUACCUAGAGCGAUUCUUCUUCUUCUUCUUGAUCGUUGUUUUUGUCUUCCCGUGGUUCUGUUUUCUGAACAGUUGGAUUCUUCGAUUAUCUCUUGGAUCGGUGCCUCACACUCUCAUUUGAAUGGAAGAAGAUAGAAGAAAAGAUGAUGAAGACAACAAACUCGCUUUGCAAUUUAUGGAUUCACUUCAUAACUAUCUAUCCCUAACUCAUUCUUUAUCCUCCACACUUCGACAGGGAUGGCUAGAGCUAGCAAGUGCUAAGCAUUCUAUGGGUACUUCGCGCGUUAAUACUUCUGUAUUGGACCUUAAAUCCCAUUCAGCUUCUACAACAUUGAAGAUAACCGAAAAUGAUGAUGGUACACAACCGCAAUUCACGUUGCAGAAAUGGGUGUCCUCUGAACAUGAAAGUACUAAGUUGGAAGACAAGAAUGAGCAUGCACAAGAUAGUGAUACGAAAUCGUCCGCUACUGAGGCAACCCUUACUAAGAACUUAACUGGACUUGCAGAUAAUGACGAAGUUCGAAAGGAGCGAGACAAGUCCUUGUCGGUUUUUGGAGUUUUGAUUUCGCCAAAGCUUCGGGCCACCCAGCUGUCAUUCGAGAAAGCACUAGAGACACUCAUUGAUAUAGCAAAUAUGCGAUCAUCAGUGUUAAACUCUUUUAACCAACUUCAUAAAGAGGUGGAAGAUACCAAAGAAUGAAAAAGUGGCAACUCCUUCAGGCUGCCGGAUUAGCAUCACACGUGGACAAUCCGAUUACACUAUUGGCCAUUGGGGAAUUAACAUUGCAAGAUGCUAGCGUUCAUUUUAUUGAUUUAUCAGAAGACUAAUUGAAAAGUUCCUCAUAGUGUUUAUUUCAAUUUUUACCUUUAGAGUUUGUGUUAGAAUCUACAUUGGCUGUGAACAGUUUUUUUGUAGCACACCAUACCACAUCAAGAUGAAACAAGUUUGAAAUAA